CAGGUUAUCAAGCAAAGCUGCUGGUGAGUGGUACAAAGGUCCGACUCCAUGGCGAGUUUCUCCAUGCGUAGUAACGAGAGCUUCUGUCGUCGAAAACACUAGAGCGAAUCGGAUUAUAUUCCAAUGCAACAGUGGCCACAUUAAAUGCCAAAAAAUGGCAUCCUCCACAGGUACAAUGUUUGCAAGUCACCCAGGCCGUCAAAGAGGUCCCAGAACGCUGGAUCUGGACAAGCCAUGUAAUGUAUACAUGUAAUGUACAGUACAAGGUGGAGCCGCGAUGCGAUGCGGCCCUAGCCUCGAAGCUCAGCAAAGGUAUCGAGUACUUGGCGGCGAGGCAAUCAAUUGGUGCUACCGCCAGCGAAACGACGAGACCCGAAGGCGAUGCGCGAUGCGAUUGCGAUCCAAUGCGAUUUGAUGCGAUGCGAUACGAUGCGCUACUCUGGUGGCAGGUACCGCAUACCUGCUGCACCCGCCCGCCUUGCGAGCUUGUCCUCGUACUCCCGGGCUUGUACCGCUUGUACCUCCAGACUGGUCUCGUACCCCCGUUGCACUCACACUUCACCUCACGAACGCCUCCAGCUCGCGCAAGUACCUGUACCUUGUACUCGCGCUGCUGGCCCGCCCAUUGGCCCGCAGCCAAGGCACGGCGAAAUGAGUGGCUGGUGCAGGAAGGCGCGCGAGCAAUCGGAAGGCCAACGCGAGAGCGGAUUGCGGGUGCUGAUUGGCUGCGGUCGGAGCCCCAGCAGUUCCCAGCCGUUGUCUCUGGCUUCAUUUCUUUUUAUCGGAAGCUGCUCACCGGAGGCACGAGUACAAACUGCCUGAAGGAUCCAUGGGAAGAACCGGCAGGGCAAAAGGUUCAUCACGGAGCCUUGCUGUCACCGCUAGCGCUGGCCCGUGCGCCGCCCAACCUGCUGCGGUCUCCCGUUACGCACGGUGCGACGACGCUCGACACUCGAAACCGGACACUAUGCGCUGUACGACACCACGGCAUGCAUCGCACAGUGCAUCUAUGCGUCACGAACCGUCCCUCGCACGGUCACGCCCCUCUGCGCCCCGGCCUCGAUGGCGCCACUCGAGGUGGUGUAUCAGUACCCCGCCCAGCCCCCAACUUUGCGUGCGCCAAAAGUAUCGGAUCCAGGCAUCACUACACGCCCCCCUCUAAGUUCUCUUCUCUGCUGCGCCCCACCCUUCCUGCCGCCAAGCUUUUCCCGUGCCCUCGUCACUGAUCCUGGCCGCUUGCCUCCCUCCCACUUGCCCAGGUCGCGCAACUUCUCUCUCCCCUUCCCCCUUCCCCCAAAAAAGACCCAGCACCAGCAGAGCAGGCCAAAACAUCUACCUCGUCCCCCAGAAAAAAAAAACCCAACCGAGUUACUUGGGCUCCAAGUACUCACAUCAACGCUUCCACCCCCGAAGCGCCUGGCGACUCGACCUGGCCAUUUCCAUCGCACGCUUCUGCAACGGUGCUCCACUGGCCUUCAGCUUUCAGCUUCAAACGUCCUGCAGAGGCCCGACCAUCGCAGCGCAUCGCAUCGCAUCGCCUCGCAUCGUGUGCCCCGAGUAACGAGCGAGUACGUGCCGUGCUCAAUCAACUUUGCGUGCCGUCCGUCUUCGCGCCCCGGCCCAGCAAAAAAA